ACGUGGUGUGCGCGCCUUAGGCCACUCCUGGCUCUCCUCACUUUAAAUAAGAUACGUCUAACCAGUUCGGACAAUCACAACCGAGGCAAGCUCUUCGUUAGGGGUUUUUUAGUAAAACAAAAACACAUCAAGUCGGGUAAAGUCUGUUUUUUGCCGAGCGGAGACAGUAGCUAUCGUUACGAGCAGCUAGCUUGUGUGCUAACAACAUCGCUAACUCACACACUGUGGUCAAGAUGAACGGCCAGCCCAACGGUUUCCAUAACAACUCGGCCGACGACGGCUGCUUCCUCUUCACGUCCGAGUCCGUUGGGGAAGGUCAUCCUGACAAGAUAUGUGACCAAAUAAGCGACGCUGUCUUGGACGCGCAUCUCGCCCAAGACCCAGAUGCCAAAGUCGCAUGCGAGACGGUGGCUAAGACGGGGAUGAUCCUGCUGGCGGGGGAGAUCACCUCCAGGGCCGUGGUGGACUACCAGAAGGUUGUGCGAGAGACAAUCAAGCACAUCGGCUACGACGACUCCUCCAAAGGCUUUGACCACAAGACCUGCAAUGUGCUGGUGGCUUUGGAGCAGCAGUCCCCCGACAUCGCUCAAGGUGUCCAUCUGGAUCGCAAGGAGGAGGACGUGGGCGCCGGCGACCAGGGUUUGAUGUUCGGCUACGCCACGGACGAAACAGAUGAAUGCAUGCCGCUCACCAUUGUCCUGGCCCACAAUCUCAACGCCAAGAUGGCGGAAUUACGCCGCAAUGGAACGCUGCCGUGGCUUCGUCCGGACUCCAAAACUCAGGUGACAGUCAAGUACAAACAGGACCGCGGUGCCGUGGUGCCGCUGCGCGUCCACACCAUCGUGAUCUCCGUGCAGCACGACGAGCACGUGGGCCUGGCGGACAUGCGUCACAGUCUGAAGGAGCAGGUGAUCAAGGCUGUGGUGCCCGCCGGGUACCUGGACGACGACACCAUCUACCACCUGCAGCCCAGCGGGCGCUUUGUCAUCGGCGGGCCACAGGGUGACGCCGGUCUGACCGGCCGCAAGAUCAUCGUGGACACCUACGGCGGCUGGGGCGCCCACGGGGGCGGCGCCUUCUCGGGCAAGGACUACACCAAGGUGGACCGCUCGGCCGCCUACGCCGCUCGCUGGGUGGCCAAGUCCCUGGUGAAGGCGGGACUCUGCAAGCGUGUCCUGGUCCAGGUUUCCUACGCCAUCGGCGUGGCACACCCGUUGUCGGUCUCCAUCUUCCACUACGGAACGUCCCAGAAGACCGAGAGCGAGCUGCUGGACAUCGUGAGGAAGAACUUUGACCUGCGCCCAGGAGUCAUUGUCAGGGAGCUGGACCUGAAGAAGGCCAUCUACCAGCGCACUGCAGCCUACGGUCACUUCGGCCGCGAGGUCUUCACCUGGGAAGUUCCCAAGACGCUCAAAUACUAACCCACGCUCGCUGUCCAUCACUGCUCUUUCCCUGCCGCUGAAUGUAUCACAAAAAGAAUCCUCCCUCGUCCCGUCUCUAAAGAAAGAUAAGCACUGUAAUCAUCCACACCCGUGCUGCCCCUUCAAGCCCUUUUCUGACCUUUGACAGAGAAGUCAGAAGCUGCUAUUGACCUUCUUCUUUUGGCUUUGUUGGGCUGCACCUUUAGAACACAACAAUUCCAUUUUGUCGCUUUUAAAUGUCGCAGAGAACGUUCCAAGCGAGGUUUUUUGUAGUUAUGGUGAUCCUGGGUGUUAUUCCAGAGUAGUCCAGACUCUUCAUACUUGAUGAUAAACUUGUGGGACUCAAAUCGUUAUAAAGUCGUAAUCCAGGACUCGCUUCUCGAACAGUUAAUUUUGCACUCCCGUCGUCCAGUUUGCUGCACGCCGAAAUAAAUCGGAAGCUUUUCUCUUAAUUUAUUCUUAAUUAUUUAUUCCACGACACCCAACGAUCAUGCCCAAUCGCCAAAGUCUGCUGUGUGGUUUCCUGGGUGUACUACAGAGAAACCCGAGAGCCACGCUCAGGUGCAAGUCUGAUGUAACGUUCAGGUGCAAAAGGACUUCCCAAAGAUGAUUUGUUUACGUCCAUGAGAGAAGGAGAGAGCCUAAUUGGCUGGUGUUGUACAGAGAAACCAGCUUGUUUACACGCUUCAUCCUUUUCUCAAAGAUGAGUCUUGUCAGUGUGGUUGCUGAUUCUGUAAAAGUGCCUUUUUUCCCCCAUUUACAUGUGUGCCCCCCUUCUCAGGAGUCUGCUCUGCUGUUAAGCUUCUUUAUGUCCUAACCCUCCAAAUAAAAUUACAUGCUUUGCUCCUGCAUUUUGGAUUAUGCAUUGUAUCUCUCUUGUUUGACAUCGUAAGAAAUUUCUCACACUCUUCAAUAAACUAUUUCUGUAAUUUGA